AUGGAGCUCUUCCAUUUCAUUCUUCUAUCAAUACUCUUUCUAGGCUCAGCGCCUACUACCCGAGCGACUGAUCUUGAAUACGAAUAUAUCGUCGUGGGAAGUGGAGCUGGAGGAGGACCUUUAGCUAGUAGACUUGCUAGAGAAGGACGCAAAACUCUCCUUAUCGAAGCUGGCAGUGACCAGACUGGUAACCUGAACACUUCCAUCCCUGGUUACCAAGCCGUCGUUACAGAAGACAAAGCACUUCGUUGGGAUAUAUUCGUGAAUCAUUAUCAAGAUCAGGAGCGUGCACAACGCGAUCCCAAGUACACAUGGGAAACGGCUCCGUAUGAGUACCAUGUCGGCCCAAAUCCUCCUGAGGGUGCCACCCCACGCGGCAUCUUGUACCCCCGUGCACAGGCCCUUGGAGGAUGUACUCCCCACAACGCACUUAUCUGGAUCACCCCACAUGAGAGUGACUGGGAUAACAUCGCCAACUUGACUGGUGACAAAUCCUGGGACCAUGAGAACAUGAACCAAUAUCUCCAGAAAGUCUACGAAUGGCUGCCUACGGAACCAACCGAUCCUACAAUUCUCGUGAACGAUCUCGCCCUUGCUCAACACUAUGUUGCUGGCGCUGCUGCUGGGGGUAUUGGCCCAGAUCCUCUCGACGCUGUUACAGGUCUUGUCAAUCUCCUCGCAAACGAUCCAAAUAGCGAAAUCAACCCUGCGCGCGACUCAACCCAGGGAUUCUUUCAAGUACCCUUGACUAUGGACUCAGGCAAUCGCACAGAUGUCGCCUCGUGGAUCAAAGCUACCGUCGCGGACGGGUUUCCAUUGGAUGUUCGCACAAAUGCCUUCGUGACAAAAAUCAUUUUCGAUGAGUCUGGGGAUACUCCAAAGGCCACUGGUGUAGAGUUCCAGGAUGGCGAAUACCUCUAUCGAGCAAGUCCCCGCAAUCUCAACAGCAAACCUGGCACCCCUGGCUCAGCUCGUGCCACAAAGGAGCUCAUUAUCUCCGCUGGUGCUUAUAACACACCUCAGCUGCUGAAACUGAGCGGAAUCGGCCCCAAGGAAGAGUUGGAAAAAUUCAACAUCUCUGUUGUGAAAGAUCUCCCAGGUGUCGGUACAAACCUAAUGGAUCGAUACGAGGUUCCAGUCAAUGUUCAGCACAAGGAAGACUUCGCUAUUCUCGACGGAUGCACUUUCGACGCCAAGCCACAUGAUGAGUGCCUAAAGAAAUGGGAAGACAAUCCAUAUAUUCUGGGCCAGCGAGGAGCAUAUGCAACCAAUGGUCUCGCGGCAACUUUAGCCGUACAUUCGGACUAUGCCUCUGAUUCGAACAUUGAUCUCUUUAUUUUUGGGGGCCCCAUCAACUUCCAGGGCUAUUUCCCAGGAUGGGCAGAACAGGCUGUAGCAGACCACUCACACUUCUCCUGGUACACUCUCAAAGCGCAUACACGGAACCACGCUGGAACUGUCCAAUUACAAUCAGCAGACCCAUUUGACCAGCCUUUGAUUAACUUCAACUACUUCGACACGGGUACCACUACGGGUGGUGCUGACGAUCUUGACGCAGGUGCAAUCGUGCAAGCAAUUAAUAUUUCCCGUCACGCGCUAUCCGAGUAUUAUAACUAUGAUAUUCUGGGCGGCUCGUCAUUUGUGGAGCAGAACCCCGGCCAAGAUGUGGAUGGCGAUGCUGAGCUAGAGGAGUACGUGAAAGAUGUGGCGUGGGGUCACCAUGCAUCUUGCACAGUUCCCAUUGGGGCAGAUGAUGAUGCCAAUGCGGUCUUGGACUCAGAAUUCCGAGUUCGAGGUGUGCAAAACCUUCGUGUCGUUGACGCUAGCGUUUUCCCUGAUAUUCCUGGUGUUUUCAUUACCGCUCCGAUCUACAUAAUCAGCGAGAAAGCGGCAGAUGUAAUCCUAAAUGGGUCUGGCUGA